GUCGAUCUAGUUUAUCAUUAGCAAUUUUCUAGAUGGAAGUGCUUAUACAGGGCACUAUCAGUGCCUUGGGUUACUUGGAAGAUGGUGUUUAUUACCAAGAACCUGAUUGCUUUGAAACAAUACGCGACUUGAUCAGAUUCCUUCGCACUGAUAAUCACAACCUUCUUGCUCGUAAGAUAUGUGGGGAACGAAAUAUCAUUAUCAACGAUUUGAUUCCUAUCAUCAAAUCAGACAAUCUCAAAGACAAGAUGUUUGAUAUAACGCUCAGGUUGCUGGCAAAUCUUACCCAACCAGCUAUUGUGAGCCUCCAAGGCAAGCAACCAGAGGAUCGCGACGAGUGGCAGACUUACUGGUUGCUGGAAGAGAACUUGAGAAGAGCAAAGCUUGCCUUUGCUGAUGUCAAGUUCUUUACUGUUCUUAAAGAAAAGUUAGAAAAGUAUUUCCUUGAAAUAGAAUGGGAAGAUCGCUUCGAAGAAGACCGUUUGAUGAUGGAGCGUAUCAUUGUUCUUUUACGGUACAUUUUCGCCAUCCCUGCGACUGAUAGAGAUGGAAAGAGAACCACGACAGAUAUCAGCAGUCAUGACCGCCUCAUCUCCGCAUUUUUAGAGUCGGGUAUCGAUCAAGUUUUGAUCCAUAUAGCAUCGGAGUCAAAAGAGCGAGAUUUCCAUCUCUCCAUUCUAGUCAUCUUUGCUAUGAUUCUAAAGGAGCAUAACGUUGAAGACAUCGUUGCAGCUGGUCGAGAUAGAACAGCUGAAGAGAAGGAAAGGGCGGAAGAAGAGCUGCGACAAAUUGUUGAAGCUGAAAAGGCAAAACUGGAUGCGCAACGGAGGAAAGUACUUGCAAGCAGGCAUUCGAGGUUUUGUGGAUCCUACGUUGUGAAAGGCUUGUCAGCUGUCAACAAAGAGAAGGACAUGGUAGUGGUCAAACCGAUCAAGACUAUAAACGAUUUGAAUUUUAUGGAUGAAAGGAAAGCAAAGAAAACGAUUGCAAAAAAUCGCAGACCAUUCGACGCUCAGGAAAAAACCCAUCUGUCUUCAAUGGAGUUACGAAUAAAACUGAAGAAGUUUGUGGAAGAUGUCUUAUCCAAGUGCUUCAACCGACUGCUGAAAAGUACAAAAGAGCUGGCUUUUGACACGAGGCUAUCAGCAGGACAGAGGAAUGCGGAUCUGCACUUUUUUCUCCUCAUGACUUUCAUGUUGAAAUAUACUCGUUUAGCAAAGAGUGCAUCCUCCAAGGUUUCCUCUUGUCUUCAUGUGGAGGCUUUUCACCAUAUUCAAGUUCAUAUAAGUAACUAUCUGGAAAGUGCCGCAACUAUGCGCAAAGAAGCCAAAUACUACGGAAUUCGCGCUCAGUAUGCGUUGAGCGCCUACAAAGAGUUAAUCUUAUUUCACCAACAUCUUAUGGAUCAUGGUUCAAAAGAGGAGAAAGACAUAGCUCAUAGUACUUGCGGGCACAUCUUGAUUGUAGAAGAAUAUCGAGAGAUGGGAGUGGUGUUGAUGCGGAAGUUCAUGCCUGGAGUACUCUCAAAGACCUUCCUUCGCGAACUUGUUUUGUCGACGCAUUACUAUUUGCGUCUUCUUGAGAAAAGUGUGAAAUCUGGUGAGCUCACAACAGUGAAGAAAAGGACCAAAGUUCGACGGAAGACAAACAGAAUGAAGGCCACAGAGAAAUUUGGGCCAGAGCCGCUUCCUGCUGUCGUAGACAGUAUGAGCGAAGAGGAUCUUGAGCAUAAAUGGACACGAAUCAACGACGAGUUAAUGGAAGUCAUACUUGGUAACAUCGAAAUGUCAUCAGAUCAAAUUCCAAUCAACUCUUUGCUCGAUGUUGAAGAGGAGUCGCAUCAGAAGUUUGCUAUGCUCAAGGUCCAGCGAGCUCUGCGUGAAGGGCGUCCUGCUGAUGCUAUGGGUUUAUAUCGAGCAUCGAGAGCAAUGUGGCUAGCUGACGGCGUUUUUGGCACACCCGAUAUGGAUGCUGAGAAAGAAAAGUCUGAAUUACGGGAGAUCUUCUUUGCAGAUCUCAAGCAGGUUGCUGAUCUGCUUCUCGACGCGGAAAAAGCGGCACAGAAAAAGUUCACUGAAAAUUCAUUGAUAGAUGAUGCUGAGGAUGAAGACAUGUACAGCGAUGAAGAUGACGAAGACGAACCGAGAUAUAAAACAAAAGAGAUAAACUUCGACUUCAGUGAAUACGUUGACAAGUACGCUAAGACAGAAGUUUUGCGAUGGUACGUAUUUCUUCUAAACGAUUUUGCCACGAAUUCGAUUGAACUCAACAGAGCUUUGGUGAAACUUCUUCAUCGGGUCGCAUUUGAUCUGAAGAUGCCUAGCAGGCUGUUUCAGUUGUCGCUAUUUCGAAUUUUGGCUCAAGUGCGAAAGCAUUUUGAUGGGGUUCGAAAAGAGGACAUGAAAAAGAACCGUUUGUUUGAUCUCUACACUUUUGGCUAUCAUUUGCUGAAGAGGUUCUUCUCAUGCUUUGAAGUGCUUGGCGACAAAAUCUUCCCUGAGAUACUAUUCUGGAAAGGCGCUAGGGAGUGCUACGAAAUCGAACAUGGCUACGGUACCUAUGAGGGAGCUAAGAAACGUAAAGACGAUGGCACGUGGACCGAAGAGCUGGAAGAUGAACUACGCUCACUUUACAACGAAUAUCGAGACAUGGAUGAAAGGCCGGAAGGAAUGGAUGUGCUUGAUUUCAUCGAGCCGAACCUGAGCAGACCUAGAACACGCAAGCAAAUUUUACGCAAAAUGAAAGAGUUCAAUCUGGAUCCCCUCGGCGCCAAAGCGAACAAGGGGUCCAUAUUAGACCGCAACUUUCCUCUUGUCCAAAUGAAACAGCUGAUUGAAGAGUACAACGCUAAGGAGAACAAAGACGAGGACCUCGUGAACUACAUACGAGCAGGACUUGCUGAAAGCCAUGGCGAAUUCUCGCGGCAGAAGAUUAUCAAGCAAAUGAAUUACAUCGGAGUUGAGUAUGAGAAGAAGAAGAAGUCAACGUCUAAGAAGUAUAGGGAAUGGUCAGAAGGUCUUCGAACAGAGUUAGCUGCGCUGAAGAUGCAGUACGACGAGAUGGAUGCAGAAGAUCAUGAGCUUAUUGACUUGGUCGACUACGUGAUGCGACGACUGAGUGAGAAAAGACCGAGACGACAAGUCGAAAAAGAGCUUGAAUCUAUUGGCGCUGUGAUCAAACCUCGCGACAAGCCAAGGGCCACGAAAAGAAAAUCCAGAAAAGCAAAAGAUGUUAGCUACAAUGAAGAAGGAGAUGAAGCAGGAAGUCAUCAUAGCGAGAACAGUGAUGCUGAGCUUGAACUUGAUGAGCCUUCGGAUGAUGAUCAUAACGAUGCCAUAGGAACGACAGGUGAUAUGGAGAAAGAGAACACAAAUCCAUCUACGAUGCUCGAAAAAACGAAAGAACCCCCUAGAGAUGAUAUGGAUGAGGAAGUAGCGUUGAAAACGCCUUCCGUAGACGCGAGAUCAAACGAGGAGCCAACUGUAAAUGCGACUGUUAAAAGCUCUCACAAAAGAAAGCGAGUUCUUGCCAGUUCCGAUGAGGAAGAUGACUCUCCUGUAGAAGAGCGUAAAGAGAAAACACCAGAACCAGAUGAAGAAUCAAUCAGGUCGUCACCACUGUCGCUAAAGAAGAAAAAACAGCGCGUUAUUGUUAGUGACUCGGAUGACGAUUGAAUUCGCCAAAUCUUCCUUUGUCUGA